GUACGAUGCGUCUGCUCGAAUUUGAAACCCCCUCUUUCAUUUUUGUAAUGCUUUUUAAAAAAAAAAAAACAAUUAUUUUGAACCGUGACACCAAUAAAGAAAAAACUUAAAAAAAAAAAAAAAAGUUAUAUUUUUGCAAAAGUUCUUUUUUUUUUUUAUAUACAGACAAAAAUAUAAACUGUAUCUAAAAAAUCAAAUAACUCAAUUUGAAAAAAGUCAAAAUGAAAUAAAAAUGAACUCAAUAUAACUUGAACUGUUUGAACCCUGGGAAGUCGACGUUCUGUUUUCUUCGGAACGUUCUUUUGCAUUUAUACACGGUUUGCCGACGAAACCUUCGAUGGCGCAAAAAAAUGUCAACAUUUGAUUUGACUGUUUUAAGAGCGGCGUAAUCUUCAUCUUUCCGAUGACAUUACGAACAAACUGAAUUCAAUACCGGUUUGUUUUCCAAAGUCACAGCAAAAGAGCCGCUCGCGGCUCCUCCCCCGGAGCCCCGCAAGCACCGCGAGCUGAGCCCAAGUUGGGGUUGGAAACGUUGUGGGGGGGGCAGAGCAGUCAUCAUCGUCAUCAUCAUCAUCAUUUGCACCGCGCUCGACCUCCUCCAGGCUUUUGCAUUUCUAAAGUUGCCGGGCGGAGUCUCCCUAUGUCCCCCUACCCCUAAGAAGCCUUUUGGAUUCAAGAUAAAACCUCUGAAACCAACAAGAAGAGUCCAGUUGCCUUCAUUCAACCUUUGCGGAAUCUUUGAAAUGUGUUAAUAAUGAACAAUAACAGCCCUUAUCAGAGGGGUCCGGCGUCCCGUACUCCCGAGGGACACGGUCGAAGGCCACAAAACACACGUAGACCGGUUCGGCGAACUCCCACGCGGUCUCCGGAACCCUGCCGAGGGUGUCGAGCCGGUCCGCGGAACGAAAACCGCACCGGUCCUCCCGAAUCUGAGAUUCAACCUCCCGUCGGACCCUCCUCCCCAGAACCCCUGAAUCGACCUUAGGAGCGUGAUCCCCAGCAAUUUCGCUGAUUUUCCAAGCCCCGCACAAUAUCGUGUACAAUGACGAUGUAGACGCCAGAAGCACCACGUGAAAGAUCAGACUCUCUUCGUUCAUCAGGAAAAACAAGUUUAUCUCCGGCUGAAAGCGUUCUGGAGUCAUCAGCAGUCAAAUAUAGGCGACUUUCAGCCACGUCCGUUUGUGAAGGGAGAAAAAAGCCUUUUUGCGAAAGCACACACGUCGAUCGAGCGCAACAAUGACUUUUGACACCGAUGGGAAAAUCUCAAACAUCUGAACAGAAAAUCGCACCGACAAAGUACUUUUGACAGGAAAAAGCGACAAAAAUGCAGGAACAAACGGGGAUGCAGUUUGUUGCCUCAAUAGUCCAGGCAUUUAUUACCUUGCGCAUAAAACCGAGCAAAGUUUUAGCCACAUCUUAUUUUAUUCUUCUAUAACUAUUAGGAUCAAAACACGUUGUUGAAAUUGCUGCCGUGGGACGUGGACAAAAAAACGUUCGAUUCGCUUUUUUGUCUGCACUGCGUACUGGAAUGGGAGUGGAACGUCUGCUGGAUGCAGAACUUGUAACUUGAAACAAAUACCAUGACUCGAGAAUACGUUUUAUUGAUGACAUGUUUGGCAAGGGUUCAAAAAAGAUUUUUCUUCUUGGCAAUCCUAAAAGACGCUCGACUCUGCGGGUGUUGAAUUCCUGCAAGAGGCUGGCAACCGAUGUCAACUAGCGGGACAAAAUUGAAGGAUUGAAGGAGCGCGUUUGCUCGCUAAAUGUAGCGAACGCGAGCUGCCAACGAGUUAGCUUCGUCGAUCUCCACCGGAGGAAGCUCGUCUGGCUGCCCCAAUGGGAGUUGGCUAUCCGACGGUUCCGGAUCCCGUUUAUUGAAAUCCCGGUCGGCAGACGAUCAGGCAGCAAGCGGCCGAGAGCAUCUCGCUAUACGUGCGGGCCGGCGUUUUGCACGAUCGCUUCUCGGAGCGUCAUCCUUUAUUCCCCGCAUGAUCUUUGGCCUCGCAGGAAUAUUUUUCUUGCCUUGGAGCAAUAAGUUUCUAGUACCGAAGGUUUUUUCAACUUCAUCCCUGUCUUCACCAGAGUGUCCAAGACAUGCGGCCGCAUGUGUCCUAGGGUGUCCUGGUGCCAAGUGCAGGCGUGGACACCCUUAUGUCUGAACACAGUGUUCGUUAUGGACAGUCCACGGCGAGCACAGAAGUCCAAUAUCAGAACACCGUUCGGGUUUUGGUCAGGGGGGCCGUUUUUCCCGAUCACGCCCUUCCAGGUCUCACUGUCAUGGCCCACGUGAACGUUGAAAUCCCCCAGAACAACGAGGGAGUCCACAGCAGGGCCGCCCUCCAGCGCCCCCUCCAAGGACUCCAAGAAGGGUGGGUACUGUGAACUGCGGUUUGGUGCAUAAACACAAACAACACUGAGGACCGGUGCCUCCAUCUGAAGGCGGAGUGAGGCUACCCUCUUGUCCAAUGGGGUGAACCCCAACGUACAGGCACAGAGACUUGAGGCACUCAGUAUGCCCGCACUUGCUUGGUGCCUCUUCUUCUUUUCCUUUGGGCUUGUCCCGUGCGGGGUGGCCUCAGCGCGUCAUCCUUUUCCACGUCAGCCAAUCUCCUGCAUCCUCCUCUCCAACACCAACGGCCCUCACGUCUUCCCUCACGACAUCCAUCAACCUUCUCUUUGCUCUUCCUCUUGCUCUCUUGCCUUGCAGCUCCAUCCUCAUCAUCCUCACUCUCUCUCCUCCGGACGUGUCCAAACCAUCCGAGUCCGCUCUCUCUCUAACUUUGUCUCCAAAACAUCGAACCUCGGCUGUCCCUCUAACGAGCUCAUUUCUAAUUUGAUCCAACCCGGAACCUCAACAUCUUCAUGUGCUCUGCUUCCUGUCGUCUCUUCAGUCUCUCUCUCUCAUGCGUCCAUCGUGGCCGGCCUCACCACUGUCUUACAAACUUUGCCCUUCAAUUCUAGCUGAGACUCUUCUGUCACGCGACACACCUGACACCUUCCGCCAUCUGUUCCAACCUGCUACACGCCACUCAAUGUGGGCAACUCCAGAGUGGAAGAGAGUCCAACCCCUCUGAGGAGGACUGGUACCAGAGCCCAAGCUGUGUGUGGAGGUGGGCCUGACGAACUCUCGUCGGAACUUCUCAACCCUGCGCACCAGGACAGCCUUUUAAGUAUGCCUCGUUUGCCAUUCUGCACGAGAUAUAGUGCAGUCUAUCUGACUCUGCUGGACCAUGCUGGCCUCGGCCUGACCCUGUUCGCUUCUACCAGGCUCCUAGUAUGCGCUAGUAGACUGUGCUACACUUGAGUGGACUCUGCCUGACUCAUAUGGACUCCACUGAACCAUGCGGGACUCUAGUUUUCUUCAUUUUGCAUUAAUUUCCUUGGACCCCCGCCAGCACGACAUGGAUGCCAGACCUUCAGGUGGCGAAACCAGCACCAAGACCAGCAUUACGAACAGGACCGGGACCAGCCGUCCCUAAGCCCGCCUCCAUCAUGGCGGAGUCUGGUCUUCAGUUUUCGAUCGGUGACUUCGGCAGUAGCAUUCUCAGCAGCCUGAAUCAGCAAAGACUUCUAGGACUCCAUUGCGACGUCUCAAUCCUGGUCCAGGGUCAGGUCUUCAAGGCCCACCGCGCCGUCCUGGCCGCGUCCUCUCUUUACUUCCGAGACCUGUUCAGCGCCGAGUCGUCCGACUCCUCGGAGUGGUCCCGGUCUACGUACGAGCUUCCGUCAUCGGUGACGCCAUCUUGUUUCCGUCAGAUCCUGACAUUCUGCUACACGGGCUGCCUCAACAUGGUCGCCAGCGAGCAGCUAGUCCUCAUGUACACGGCCGGCUACCUGCAGGUCCAGAAUAUUGUAGAGAGGAGCCUAGAGCUCAUGAAGACCAAUACCACGUCCUCAUCGCCGCACUGCUGCGACUCACAGACAACUUCAGCAGACGAGCUCGGACCUUUAGAUCGCUCUGUGGUCGAGCUGCAGGGUUCCAGUCCAGACCCAUCCAUGAGUCCAGAGGACCUAAUGAUGGCCGUGAGCCGGAUCAAACAGGAACGCCAGGACACGCCUCCUGAGAACCACACAGGAACAACUCCAGAAGAACUGGAUGCCAGUCCUUGCCUGACUAGCGACCAGUCCUCUUGUGUCCUCAGAGGUGACUUUGCAGGGGCGCUCCAGACCACCAGAGGGGGUGCCGUUUGUUACUUGGGUGCAGCCGGGAGUCUGGUCCUGGGACUGCAGUCCUACCUCCUGGCAGGCGGGGGGCGCUCUAGUUCAGAAGCGUCCAGCCUGCCCACAGACUCGUCCCCCUCGCAAACCCCAACGGAGGAGGAGCCGGAGGACGGGGACUACGGCAACGCCACACACCUUGGAAUAUACCAAUACACGAUUGGACACCAGGGCCAGGAGAAGCCGGAGAUGCUGCGCCUGCGGCGUGCGUGCGUGGUGGUGGGCGGAGACAACAUGGCGCUGCCCGCCAGUCUGGUCAGUCAGAUCGGUUAUCGGUCCCACCCCGCGCUCUACGUCGAGGGAGAACCUGGACACAAGCUGGAGCUGGUGGCAGGUUCGGGCGUGUUCAUGACACGAGGUCAACUGAUGAACUGCCACCUUUGUGCGGGGGUGAAACACAAAGUUCUGCUCAGGAGGCUGCUGGCGACCUUCUUUGACAGAAACACUCUGGCCAAUAGCUGCGGGACCGGGAUCCGCUCCUCCACCAACGAUCCGAGCCGGAAGCCGCUGGACAACAGAGUGUUAAACGCCGUCAAACUCUACUGCCAGAACUUUGCUCCGAGCUUCAAGGAGAGCGAGAUGAACGUGAUCGCAGCGGACAUGUGCACCAACGCUCGCAGAGUUCGCAAGCGAUGGCUGCCCAAGAUACAAUCGCUGCUGCCCCACGGCAACAAGAACACCGACAGCAAAGUCCGCAGGGGGGCCGCGGGGCGAGGAGGGGGGGACGCUUCGGAAGCCGCCCCCUACCUAUGCCUGGAGGUGGGUGGGGAGGGCACGCAACAUCAGGACCAGCGCCACCGCCUCCUUCUGUGCACCACCUCCUCUUCGCCACACCCCGUGGACACUGACCUCAAGGGGGCGGAGCCUAACGACAGCCAAUAAGCUUCGGACUGCACCUGUCCAACUUCCUGUCUCUCCCCGAGCUCAUUACCCGUCUACCUGUUAUCCUACCUCAAGAUGUGCCCUACCUCGCUUCCCGUCCGUCCCCUGAAUCGUUUCUUGUCUGUCGCCUGCCUUGCUUCCUUUCUGUCCGCGACCGACUUCACUGUCCUUCUGCUCAGCCGCUCUGCUGCAUGUUACCAGCUUCCAGGCUGCUAGCGACAGGACUGCUGCUGCUGCUGAUGAUGUCAAUAAAGCUGAUUGAAAAUCUGA